GCAGGUGCAACAUUAAACAAAUGUUUCAACAGGGGAUUAGGAACACUUACUGCUGGAGGUCUUGCACUAGCAGUUGCCGUAUUGUCUAAGAACUUGGGGAAAAUGGAAGACAUGAUUCUUAUUACAAGCAUCUUUACUGUUGCUUUUUGCGCAAACUUGGCCAAGCUACAUCCAAAGAUGAAGCCUUAUGAUUAUGGAUUUCGUAUAUUCUUGGUGACAUACGUUAUUGUCAUGGUCUCUGGAUACAACACGCGGAAGAUCACUGACAAGGUUGUAAGUAGAUUUUUAUUGAUUGGUCUUGGUACUGCUCUCACCAUUGGAAUAAAUAUAUGUAUUUACCCAAUCUGGUCUGGAGAGGAUUUGCACAAUUCGGUCGCGAAGAAUUUUGCCGGUGUUGCAAAAUCGUUAGAAGGUUGUGUCGAUGGAUACCUGAAAUGCGUGGACUAUGAAAGGAUACCAUCAAGACUACAUACAUAUCAAGCUUCUGAUGAUAGUCUAUACAGUGGGUACAGGGAAGCUAUCGAGGAAUCAGUAAAAGAGGAAACCCUGUUAGGUUUUGCUAUAUGGGAACCACCCCAUGGCCCUUACAAAAUGAUGGGCUAUCCUUGGAAGAGCUUCACGAAAGUUGGUGGAGCAUUGCGGCAUUGUUACUUUGCAGUCAUGGCAUUGCAUGGUUGCAUUCAUUCAGAAAUUCAGGCAUCACCAGAAAAGAGAAAGGUCUUUAUUGCACAAAUUCAUAAAGUGGGAAGAGAAGGUGCUAAAGUGUUGUGUGAGCUUGGAAACAAUGUCAAGACAAUGACCAAGUUGAGGUCUUCAGAUAUUUUAUUUGAUGUCCACUUGGCAGCCGAGGAGUUGCAAAAAAAGAUUGAUGAGAAAUCAUAUCUUCUGGUGAAUAUUGAAAGAUGGAACACUAGCAAGCAUGAUGAAGGAAUAAAUGAUGCAUUGAAUGGUAGUAAUGUCCAUGCCAAAGAAAUGAAGAAUGAAGUGACAGAACCUAAAAUUGGUGAUCAAAUUUUGGUGAACCAUUAUAGGAGUUUGCCCGCUAAUUCGUUUGUUAGCAUAUAUGAUUCGCAGUCAACAAUGCAUGAUUACAAGGCGCUACUAUCUUGGCCUGCUCGAAGAUCAUUCCAUCCAAAAUUCCCACUUGAAGAUGAAGAGUCAAAAACAUAUGAAAGUGCAAGUGCCUUAUCGUUGGCCACAUUUGCCUCACUUCUAAUCGAGUUUGUUGCCCGGUUACAAAAUCUUGUUAAUGCAUUUGAAGAGCUGAGCGACAAGGCUAACUUCAAGGAGCACGUGGAAGAGCCUGGUGCAGUUAAAACGGGUCACAAUCAAUUUCUUGCUGAAAUAUGGAAAUAUGUUGGACCGAAGAGUUGACAUUGACAAUGACCCUACAAGUUCUUCCAUCCAGGAACCUUGUCAGUCACUUUUAUGAUCCAAUUUAAAAUGAAG